AUGUCUCCCGCCCGCUCGCGUUCUUCCGCUCUCGCUGCUUUUGUCGGUGCCAAAGGCAGAGGUAACUCCACCCCAGACGCCGGGUCAAAGUCAAAGACGAAAUCCAAAUCCAAGGCCAAGUCAAAGGCCGCAGCCGCCCAAUCCAAAGAGAUUGAAAUCGAGUUCGAGACUGAGGCGGGUAAGAAGUGGACAAAGGGGAAGAGUGGGAGUACAGCGUGUGCGCCGUUCAAGCCGGCGAAUGGGGUUGAGAAGGAGGUGAUGUGGGAAGCGCAGGAUACGGCGGUUGCUGUGGAUGUAAGCCUCGAUGUUACACCUGCAUCGAAGCCUGUGUCCAGUCAUCCUCCACCACCGGGAUUACCUGUGAGAACGGGGAGUCUGAAGGCUCGGGCGGACGCUAGCAAGGGGAAUGACGGCAAGGAGAAUGAGGGCACGGGGAAGAAGGAAGAGGUGGACGACGACGACGACAUGGGGCUAAGUGCUCGGGAUGUGCGUGCGUACGAGCACGAACGGCAACGGGUGAAGAAGGCAGAGGAAAGAGCGGCCAGGAUGGCGAGGAAGGAGAUUCAGAAGGCGCAUAUAGUCGCAGGCGGUGGUAGUGGAAGAGGCGCCAAGGCGUGGGAGGAUGCGGAGUACGUCGUGCACUCGUCAGCGAAGGCGCACAAGAGGGCAGAGGACGACCGUCACACUGUUGUCACACCGGCGGCAAAGCGCAGCGGGGAGGAGAUUUCGCUCUCCGACCUCGUCAAGCUCAAGCCGAAGAGCCGUGGACAGCGGGCGGGGCGUGAAGAGGAGUUUGAGCUGGUGCCGGCCGUGCGGGCUGUGAUCGUGCUCGACGAGGCCGAGUUCGGCAGCGGAAAGCGGGAUAUGGAAGUCGAUGAUUGGGAGUGCGUGGAUGUCGAGGUCAAGGAGGGUUUGUCCUACGCCCAAGUCGUUCUUGGGUUGCACAUCGAUUGA